AGGUCCUUGCGAAAAAAACAAGUUGGGGUCCUUUCUUGCGAUAGGCUAGCUAUCGAAAGAGGCACUCGAGCCACAUUGUUAAACACAACUGUGAGAAAUUGCCAUAAAAUAAGACCAGUGAAUGUCGCUUAGAGUGAUUGGGUGAUGUUGAUUAAAUCGAGGUUUGAUUCAGUUCGCUUAUUUACGCCCUAACUUGUCCGGUAGUUUUGUUAUUGACCGUCGAAGGGUGUGUUUUUUCGGUUAGCAACGCUAACGUUUGCGACGCAAUCAAGCUCACGGUUGACCUCAAACCAACGCAACUAAUUCUGAUAUCUAGCAGAAAUAUAAGCACGGAGGCGUUGAUGAGCAGCAAUGUCUGGCAUCGCUCUUAGCAGAUUGUCCCAGGAGCGCAAAGCCUGGAGGAAAGACCACCCAUUUGGUUUUGUUGCUGUUCCCACAAAGAACCCUGAUGGCACCAUGAAUCUGAUGAACUGGGAGUGUGCCAUCCCUGGGAAGAAAGGAACCCUGUGGGAGGGAGGACUCUACAAACUCCGAAUGCUGUUCAAAGACGACUACCCGUCCUCACCACCCAAAUGCAAGUUUGAGCCACCGAUAUUCCAUCCAAACGUCUAUCCAUCCGGCACCGUGUGUCUGUCCAUCCUGGAGGAGGACAAAGACUGGAGGCCCGCCAUCACCAUCAAACAGAUCCUGUUGGGGAUCCAGGAGCUGCUGAAUGAGCCCAACAUUCAAGACCCAGCACAGGCAGAGGCUUACACGAUUUACUGUCAGAACAGGAUGGACUAUGAGAAGCGUGUACGGGCACAGGCCAAGAAAUUUGCCCCCACAUAAAGAGGAGAGCGGGCCUGUGUACCGCCUGAGCAGCCUGAACUGAUGAUAGAGGAGACAAAGAGGAGGCAGUUGGCACCUGAAGGACCACCCCAAUAAGAAUCCAGAUUUAAGUAUUAUUACGAAACAGUCACAAGUGAGACGAUUUUUACCUUUUCUUUCUUUUGGGAAACUACAAAAGUUCAAAAUUGAAAUGCCUUCAAAAAUAUUUGUGCAUAUUUGAUGAUCAGCUGCGGUCAAUAUGACCAUUGCAAUCAGUUACUCUUGUAUAUUCCAUAUCUCCUUUUCUUUUUUUUUCACUUAUAACUGCUCACCUGUGCCUCCAUUACCACUGUAAGUCAAGCUAAUGUAUCAAAAGAGCUGUAGAGAUAAGAUUACAUGUUCGAACUCUUCACUCUGUGAUGUUCAGCCAGUUAUAAUAAAGGAGGGGGUUUCAUUCAUUCUUAAUUAAACUAGUUUAUGAGCCCAUCAAA